AUGACGAUCUCUUGUCAGCUAAGCACGCUAUAUGACCAACCCAUUGAGGGCAUAUUCGUGGAGUUCAAAUGCGUGGAGCAUCCGCAAAACUCCUUUGAGGGAUAUUCCGACCAGUCAGGCAUGAUAGAUGAAUGGUUUAGCUCUCUCAAUCGCGAACUCCAGUCUGUCCCAUGCACCCCGGGCGAAGACUUGCAUUGGCAAAUGCGAUUUCAUCUCCAGCCUUUCUUUGGGGAGACAUACUUCCCAGAAAUCUGGAAUACUCUUUGGGUACCAAAGGAAGAAGAUUCUCAUGUUGUCAUUAAGAUUGACAAGAACAUGUACGCAGUCAUCAGGGACGACAUCUUGCAUGGGGCGACACUCCGAACUGAAACUGUUUCUAUUCAUGGGCCACGAAGCCCAAGGGCGAUCCACAAUCUACCUGGUUCGGGUGAUGUGGAAAUUCGCGUUACCACCCCCCUUCCAUACGAUAGAAUCUCUGGAUUUAAUGAGCCCGUCUGUGUAAGCGCCGGGCCAGAUGUGAUUGAUGCAGCCCCUUGGCUAGAAGAAGAACCUAAAAAAAGAAAGAGGGGUGUGCCUCGCCCAGAGCAGUUGAGGCGCUCAGCCAGGCUUGCACAGUCAUAG